GAAUAUGGUUUCGGAAGAUCAUUCCAUUACUGCAUAAUGACACUACAGGACGAUGCGCGGGUAGACCGCGAGAAUACGACUAGCACAUCCCAGCCGUCCACUUUGUCGUCCGCAUGGAAUUGGACUCUCCGCUCCCUUGGCCUCUCCUCAAAACCCACCACCAGCCGGCCGCAACCUGAGGAACCUACGCCAACAAUACCAAGAUCUGAUCCCGUAGCAGAGAAAAUUCACAUUGCCCCCGAAGUAUGGGAAAAUCCUUACCACCCUCUUCCUGGUCCUCCUACUACCCCUGCCGAACGGGACUGUCUCCAAAAAAUUAUUCAAGAGGAACGCGAAGCACUGGCCUCAGCUGUAGCCCACAAACUCGCCCCGCAUGCGCUGCAGAUCACUGCAAGAAAUAAUUGUGCGGAUCUAAAUUGGGCAUAUGCUGACUGUUUAAGGAAUGGGUCGUGGAUGGAGAGGUCUUCUCUUUGUUCUGAGAAGAAUAAGGCGUUUAAAAAGUGCUUCCAAAUUCAACAGCGAAAUCUGGAAAAGCUUGGCUAUGGACGACCAGGGUUGACGGAGCGUGAACGGGCAAUUAUUGCCGACCAGGCGGAUCAGAAGUACUUGGAGGAAAUAGAAGUUGAAAAAUUGGAGGCGCAAACUGCAGAAACUGGCAUAUAGUAGAUGAUUUCGACCAUUAAUGGGAUUGAUAGUUCAAUCGAAUAUAGAGAGAUGAAGAUAUCCACCAGCGGAAUAACCGUGCCAACCCAAGUUUACAAGUUUACGGAUGGAAUAUCAAAUUUACACAACCACGUUAUCCUUGGGAAACGUUUUCAUGACUGGUAUGCUGCUCAUCGACACAAUCACCUGUUUUCCCUCGGAAUAGAAGGCCGAUUGCCCCCGAAAACCAUCAAACUCCACUCUCUCCCCAAAUCAGAAAAAACAAAAGCUCAUUCUUCCUCCAU